CUCUAACCAACUUUAUUUAGUAUGAAGUCAAGUUGCUUGUGUUUUGAAGCAGUGAGCAAAGGGAAAUUUCACCGCAAAGAAGAUGAAGCUGUGUAAAACGUUUUUAGAAAAUGAGUUCAGAGGCCAGCUGCUGAACCAGAGGUGGACACGAGGGGACAGAAUAAGCAGAUUCUGUGAGACCAAGAGGAGCCUGCGAAUCAAAAUGAGUCAGGAAGCAGCAGAAACAAGAACACGGACCCGCUCAAAAGGCAUCAGAGUACCCAGUGAACUCGUGGGAACAGAGUUAAGCUGCCCCACCCCUGGAUGUGAUGGUUCAGGCCAUGUCAGUGGGAGAUAUUCACGACACAAAAGCGUUCUCGGUUGCCCAAUAGUGAAGAAGAGGAAACUUGCGGAGGCAGAGGCAGAGGCAGAGGCAGAAGAGAAUCAGCCCGCCCCUAAGAAAAAGUCCCCGUCCCUGAAGUUGGCCAUGGACGAGGGUUUCAACGCAGCAGACAGUGAUGCUGGCAGUGAGGCGGAGCAUGAGGAGGAGGAGGAGGAGUCAGAGGAUGAGGAACAGAAAGAGAAAGAAAAUAACAAAAUGCCAAACCCACUGGAGUCCAUGAAAGCCAAUUGCGCUCAGGUGUUACCCGAAGACACAGAAAAAGAGACAUCUGUCAAGUUCGACACCAUAGCUGCACCUGAAGCAGAGGCUCUGCAGGAGGACACAGAGGCAGAAGCAGAAACAGAGGCAGAGACAGCAACAUACAGACGUGAAGAGGAGGUGCAAGCAGUGGCAGAGAUACAGGCCACAGAGGAGGAGGAGGAGGAG